CACGGACGGAUAAGCUCGCUCUCCUCUUUCCGUACCACCACUGUAUAUAUUCACCAUAUGCCCCGUGGCAAUGGUAUUCUUCAACCUCGUUUAGUUGAUACUGUGGCUGUGAGUCGAUGAUAUCUUCACCAUCUCUCGCUGCUCCCAGAUCCCACCUCCGCUUCCCACCCCGCCUGCCCUCGUCCUCCUCCUGCCGCCGCCGCCGCCGCCUCCUCCUGCCCCCCCGCUGCGCUUCGGCGUCGCCACCAGUCCCCGCCUCCGAGGCGACUCUCUACGACGUGCUCGGGGUCCCGACGGGCGCCACGGGCGGCGAAAUCAAGGUGGCGUACCGGCGGCUGGCGCGAGAGUGCCACCCGGACGUCGCCCCGGCUACCGAGUCGUCGGACGAGUUCAUCCGACUCCACGCCGCCUACGCCACGCUCUCUGACCCGGAGAAGCGUGCCGAGUACGACCAGCGGGUAAUGGCCGCCACGGCGAACGCAGCGGCAGGGAGGCGGUGGUCGCCGCGGCUGUCCUACUCGUGCAGGCCGUGCCGGAGGUGGGAGACGGAUCAGUGCUGGUAGGCAGACCCGGCGUUAGCUGAUCCGAGUUGUAUAGGAUAAAGCUGUACAGAUUACGGCCAUGAUCCAUUUUUUUUGCCCUUUUUCUUUCGUUUUGUUCCCUCUCAACGCGGGGAUUGAUUUUAAAUCGUUUGAGUGUUUGUGUGAUUAAAUGGAUCUUAUAAUCUAGUAUAAAUUUCAGUACGAAA